AUGUGUCGUUACAUCUAUAGUCUCGCAGCCUGCGGUCACGAGUUCGGUGCUGGUAUGGAGAAAUGCGAGAAAUAUCUAGCCUGGGAGGCAGAACCGGACUCAAAGGAUACCUCGUCUCAAUGCCGUAAUCCUAGUCCCGAGCCCCACGAUAUGCAAACCUACGAGGGCGACUGUUACAUGUGCAAGCAAGAAUUCGAGAUGGGUCAGAAUUUGCGCAUGGAAGAUCGUCGCGAAGAAGCCAUUCUCAUCAAGCGCGACAUGGACGAGGCAAUUUUGGCUGCUGGUGGCGCGUAUACCGGCAAGCAGAGAUAUGAGAUCUUGAAGCGCUUCGAACAUAACAACCAAGCUUUCGAAGUGAUGUUUGAGAACGCCGAGCGUGAAUUGCAGAGUGCAAAAGAGGAGCUUACUCGCGUUCGAAGAGAAGCUGAUUCUGCCAAAAAGGAAGUUGCUGAAUGGAAAGAGAGGUAUGCGCACUUGCUUUUGGACAAGAAAACACGUGCUACUAUGGGCGAGGGUGGCGAGGUUUCCCUGCUUCGCCAGCGAUCUCUCGAUUUCGGCACCCAGGCUUGA